UAUUAUAUAUAAGAUGAUUGCCUAAAGUCACAUGGCCAACCCAAGUCAGCCAAUUCACAACUAUUCAUGUAACAAACUUUAUAAAUUAAACUUAGAUCCAUCAUAUAUAUAUAUAUAAAAAAAAAAAAAAAAAAAAAAACCUUGUAUCUCCCAUGUGGGGUACAUGUUACGCGUAUAACUUGUCAAAGUUUUUUGUUUUUUGUUGCACAAAAGUCUUAGAUAGAUUAAGAUUGGUUAAACUAACUAGCUAGAAAUUCAAGUAUAGUUUUGGCAAUGGAGGAGAAAAAUGGCCAUGUUGUUGGUAAUCUCUUUGAAGAUAGUUGGUUUUUUGGAAAUAGCUUGUUAAGUAGGUCAAAAUCGUCCAAAACUAUGGUAAGGUGUAACUCUGAUCCUUGUACUUCUUCAUCGAGUAGUACCAAGGAAGAAGGGUUGAUAUCUGAUCAGGAUCACCCUGCAAUGAUUAGUAGUCUCCUCCGAACACCAUCGCUUCCAGUUGGGUUCGGAGGAGAUAGGAAAUAUCAACUAGGUGACAAUGAUGAUGAGGAGGAGGACGAGGAUGAGGAGGGGCCGAGGAUGGGUGAUUUAAUAAUGCAAGCAAUGCCAUUGCCUAAACAAAUGCCUAGGAGAAGAUUGGAUCGAACACCGUCUCUUCCCCCUUGUAGGGGGAAAGAGGCUGUUUCGACGGUGGCAACGACCGGAAUCCCGAAUGGUGCGGGAGUUGGAAGGUUGAGUCGGAGGGAGUCGUUAGACCCUUCUGUUAUGUUGCAAGAGAAAGGUCCUAUUGCUGCAAUGACUAAACUUACUAGAAGAGCAUCCAUUGAUUCUUCUAUGUUGUUGCCUCCUAAGUCCACUACUUCUAAGGGCACGAAGCAGAGUAUGAGCAACUCCAAGAAUCGACCACACCGGAAACUGGAGUCUCCUAGCAUCAACAGCCAAGCAAAACACGACACAAAAAUCGAAAAAAUCAACAAGAGCAAGUCUCAAAAGAGUCUAAGCGACUUAGAAGUUGAGGAAUUACAAGGUUUUAAGGACUUAGGUUUUUCUUUUGAUAACGAAAAGUUAAGCCCAAGUGUAACAAAAAUACUUCCGGCCUUACAAAGACGAGCUAGCCUUGAUAGUAAUCAUGUAGAUAUUGGUAAGGUACGAAGGCCUUAUCUUUCGGAGUCAUGGCAAAGAACAACAACCUCGUCUCCUUUAUCAGCGCCUCCAAUUCCUAAACGAGGCGAUCCAAAAGCCCCGUCAAGUGAUGAUAUGAAGGCUCAAAUCAAAUUUUGGGCUCGAGCCGUGGCUUCGAAUGUGCGCCAAGAGUGUUGAUCAUACUAAAUCAAGAAAAUUACUCAUCACUAAUUAUGAUUUUUUUUUUAUUUUUACUGAAAUUAAAUAAAUUUAGGAUUGUUGACUUGCACAUUUAAAUAAAUUCAACCUUGGGCAUUGACUUUUUACAGCAAAAUUUUUGAUACUUCUAAGGAAAGUAAAAUGGGAUAUGAAAUUUGCAAAAUAUCAGUAAUAGAUUUAAUUUUUUAAUGGAAGGAUGGUGGAGUAGUGUGUUGCCAAGUAAUGCCAACUUAUUGCCAUGAUAUGAAAAAUAAUGUAAUUUUGUAAAUUGUGACAUGAUCAUUAUUGUAUUGUUAUAUAAAUAAUCUUCAA